AUGAAAAAGUUGAGCCAUAGGCUUUCUUAUCAGUUAUUGGACCUCAAGUUAUUGGACAUAACUUCCUGGCAACAUGACCAAGCAGAACUUGGAAUCCUUGUAGAAGACAUCACAAUCCAGUACUGCCCACCUCCCCAGCUCAUUUUCCUGGAGACACUCAGCGGAGAGGAUGCUGAAUUGUUUCUCCACAUCCAGAGGCCACAACCCCAGGACCCCAGGCAGACAAAGUCUAUGUCAAAAAUUGAGAAAACGCCUCACACCAUCCAGAUGCUGCAGGCCAAAAUGCGAAAGGCACGCAACUUUCACAGUACAAAUGACACUGAAACCCAAAAGAUUCAUGGGCAAGUUUCAACAGGCCCCGAGAUACUCAGCAGCUCUGGACAGGUCUCAGCAGAGCUGGCAGCAGUAAAGUCAGACAGACCAAGAUGGGAAAGGCACCCAACUUUCACAGUCAGCCCAGAGACGGUCUCCCCAAGACCAAUCAACUGUGAACAGCCAACAUCAAGGUACCCACCCCAAAACUCUGUUGACUCAGAGACAAAUGAAACUGAAACCCAAAGGAUUCAUGGGCAAGUUUCAACAGGUCUUGGGACACUUAGCAGCUCUGGGCAGGUCUCAGCAGAGCUGGCAGCAGUAAAGUCAGACAGACCAAGGUGUCCAGAAGUAGAGACUGAUGUCACAGUGUCCAGCAACCACCAAACACUAAGAAACCUACAAUACGACCAGCUGGGCCGAGCCAUUAUGGAGAAUUACUUGGCAGGGAGAGAUGCCCAACCCCACACUGAACAGACAAUAAAGGCAGUAAGGCCUCCCUCACCCAUUAAGCCCUGUAUGCCAGUUUUCCUGCAUGACCAACCCUUCUCUGACCCAUUCUUCCCAAGCACCUCCAUGGCCUACACCACCUCCCAACAGGCCCAAGUUGUAGGUGGGGAUAGGAAGACGACAAGCCUUGAGAUUUUGUUUUCUUCUGAGGUCAAUGAACUUCUAGACACCUGCUCAUUUGGUAAUAAACACCUCACAACAAGAUGUGUAGAUGAAAAGAGAGAUCCAUGCAAUACGUUACCUCUGUUGCAAUUAGAAGAUCGAUAUAUGCUUUCUGAGCUUAAUACAGAUUCUGAGCUGCUAAUUCAUACAUCAUCUUGUGCACCAAAGUAUACUGAGGUGUCUUGUGUAUCUGAAUGUACUGAAGUGCCUUGCUUACCACAAGAUGGAAAGGUGAUUUGCAUACCAGAAGAUCCUAAAGUGCCUUGGGUGCCAAAAACAACUCUGCCUUGUAUGUGUUUAGAUCAGAGUUCUUGGGACUGUCUGCAAAAGGAUACGGAGGCUCUCCCGCCAUCAUUUCCAGAGGCUCCUCAGGUGUUUUGGGUACAAGUACAGCCUAAGACACCUUCUCCAGAAGAUAAAUCCAUCUGCUGUAGAGCUUCAGGACACUUGAGAAAGGUUCACUGCGCUAACGGCCACACAUUUCGAUCUAAAAGGUUCAGUAAGCAUGCUAAUUGUGCUGUCUGCUCAGACCCCACAGGGGGAUUUGGACGCAAGGCAUACAAAUGUAUGCACUGUAAAAUUUUAGUUCAUAAGAAGUGCCAUACACUCGUCAGAGUUCCAUGCAAGCACCAUACUUUGCAUGAUGAAUGCACAAUGCCAAUAAACCAGGUUUCCAUGGCUUUAGAUCCCAAACAGGAAGUAGUCUCAUCAAAUCCUAAAAGUCAUGUGGGUAUGCAAGAAAUAGAUAACGAGAAUGAGACAAAUACUGGUGAGGAAAAUGGCAGGCCUUUGUGCUCUUCUGCUCUUAAAGACUUUGACUUUCUCCAUGUCCUCGGGAGAGGAAGCUACGGUAAAGUUUUACUAGCUCGCCAUAAAACAACAGAUCACCUCUAUGCCAUGAAAGUGGUGAGAAAGGACGAUGAAAACCUUAUUCGUCUCCAGGUAGAGAAGCAAAUAUUGGAGAAGAGCUUGAACCACCCUUACCUGGUUGGCCUGCAUUCCUGCAUCGAGACACCAACCAUAUUUUUCUUUAUCCUGGAUUACAUCAGUGGAGGAGACCUAACAUACCAUCUGCAACAGUUCGGAAUCUUUCCCGAAGCACAUGUGAGAUUCUACUCCGGGGAGAUCUCCUUAGCUAUCAAGUUUCUUCAUGAACAUGAGAUAUUACACAGGGAUCUGAAGUUGGAGAACUUGUUACUAGAUGCGGACGGACACAUUAAAAUUACCGAUUACAACCUAUGUAAGGCAGGACUGGAGGCAGGCGAGAAGACCAACCCUUUCUGUGGCACACUCAGUUAUCUGGCUCCAGAAAUCAUCAGAGGCGAAAGCUAUGGUUUCAGUGUGGACUGGUGGAAUCUUGGAACAGUCAUGUUCGAAAUGAUGGUGGGAGAGCCUCCGUAUCCUUUUGCAGACAGUCCCAAGAACUCUGAUCUAAACACAUACAAGGUCUUGCAAUCUAUGUUAGAAAGAGAAGUCCACAUUCCACAUCACCUGUCUGUCGAAGCCAGAAGCAUCCUCAAGGGUCUUCUGAAGAAGGAGCCAGAGGUAAGAUUGGGCUGUCACCCUCAGAGAGGAUUCAUCGAUAUUAAAGAGCAUCCAUUCUUUAACAAUCUGGACUGGAACAUGAUGGAAAAAAAGCAAGUGCCUCCUCCCUUUAAGCCAAGUAUUGGUACAGAAUUCGGGAUAGAAAACUUUGACCCUGAAUUUACCAACGAACCUGUCCAGCUCACAGCUGAUGACAGUUACUUUGUGAACAGCAUAGAUGAAUUUGGGCUUUGAGUACAUCAAUCCCCUUUUCACAUAAGAAGAAUGAGUCUGAUUGUCACCUUCCAGUUAAGCAUCUGUUUGUAUAUCUAAUGCAUGACAAAACUUGUUACCAGCUUGCAUUCAACUGACACUUUUAUAAUUGCCUGGAAGAUCAUUUUAAUUUCCUUUUUCUAUAUGAAGAUGCUCUGCUUGAUUUUGGUUUUUGGUUGACAAAGUUACUUUUUAUGAUAAGACUUAACGAUGAGGCAAUUUCUUUUUACCAAGUUUGUAAACACACUCCAUUUGUUGCUUGGAGACAUAUUCCUGAUUUUUUUAUUUACUAUACUGGAAAAUAAUAUCUCAUUAUGCUUGUUUUGCUCCCAAACUAUAUGACCUAUAUAUUUAGGCCCCUGAUUUUGUAAUAUUCAGGGAAAUCCAAAAACAAUAGUAACAACUUUGAACAACUCUGCAGAAACCACAUACAUUGUAGCUCUGUCUCCUAGGUCAAACUUUAACCAUCUUAAAGUAUUACACCAUAAAUAUACUUUCUAAUAUUUAGUGGACAUCAAAACAAUAAUGCAAAGAAAGUAUUUCUCCAAAUAAGGCUAAAAUCCCAAAGGAGUUCUAAUGUGGACUCAGUAGGAAACAUUUUAAACAAAUGCCUUGUGUGAGUAUUUUACAUUCUGAAUGCCCAGUGGCAAAGAGCAGCUCUUAAAAGCAGGAACAGAAACAUAUGUCUGACAUGUCAGAGUUCUCUGCAAGUUCAUGUUGUGUACACUGAUUUUUGUUUUUAAGCAAGAUCCAAGUACUACCAGAAACACAGAUUCCUUGCAAAUGAACAUGUCAAUCCUUAGAAACAUUUUCUUUUGAUGUUUUCCUUACUUUCAAUUUUAGCUAUUUGAUGGAAUGAUAAAAUAUGACUCCAAGCUUGGGAAAAGUUACAUUUCUAAUGAAAUGGGGCAUCCAAAUAAAGAGAGAAAGAUAACUUAGUAAAUGCCUACACAUUUUAAGUCAUCCUAAAUUUAAAACUGGAUAGCUUGCCUAGAAUUAAACAUUAUCAAGCUUGUGCCAUUGUAACUUAUUUAGACUAUGAUGGUUACUUUUCAAGUCCUUUGCACAGAGAUGGCACUGAAACAGAGCAAUGCUGUAUCUGGCAACUCUUGAAAUGACAAAUUGCUAACUACAAAUUGUAGUAAAAUAAUUUGAAGAACUCUGCCCCUGAAAUGAACUGUACUACUAUUUUUAUUAAAAUUCGUAGUUAGCAAUUCAUUAUUUACACAGCUGCCAGAUACAGCACUGAUCUGUUUCAGUGCCAUUUCUGUGCAAAACACUUGAAAAGUAACCACCAUUGUCUAAAUAAGUUACAAUGGCACAAUCUUACUGAAGUUUAAUUCUAGCUAAGCUAUCUAGUUCUAAAUUUAGGAUCACAACAUGUGUAGGCAUUUACUAACAUAUCUUUCUAUCUUCAUUUGGAUGCCCCGUUUCAUUAGAAAUAUAACUUUUCCCAAGCUUGGAGUCAUAUUUUAUCUUUCCAUCAAAUAGCUAAAUUUGAAAAGUAAGGAAAACAUCAAAAGAAAGUGUUUCUAAGGAUUGACAUGUUCCUUUGCAAGGAAUCUGUGUUUCUGGUAAUACUCGGAUCUUGCUUAAAAACAAAAACCAGUGUACACAACAUGAACUUGCAGAGAACUCUGACCUGUCAGAAAUAUGUUUCUGGUCCUGCUUUUAAGAGCUGCUCUUUGCCACUGGGCAUUCAGAAAGUAAAAUACUCACACAAGGCAUUUGUUUAAAAUGUUUCCUACUGAGCCCACAUUAGAAUUGCUUUGGGCCUUUGGCCUUAUUUUGAGAAACAUUUUCUUCCCAUUAUUCUUUGGUCAUUCACUUAAAUAAUAGAGAGGUUAUUAAUGCUAUAAGCAGCAAUUUACAACCUUAUGAAUGCUUCUGAACAAAUUUUAAACAGAUGACUCUUAUAGAUCAUCUUCUCUGUUGCCCCAGUAAAGCCUUAUCAUUUGCACCAAUGAUUUAUGCACAAAAGCAGAAUUUUUCUUCAAUGAAGUCAAUCUUUAUUCAGGGUGUUAUGUGGUUUUUAAAAUUUUUACGUAGUAAGAUUUACUCUGUGUAUUUUAUGGGGACUUUCAUUUCAAAAAUUUUAACUAUUCUAUUUUUUUUUUGCAAUCUUUUAGUGUAAUGGCAUUUAUUAUAAAAAGUCUUCUCAAAAUGUUUACCAGGAAAAUAAGGCAGUUUACAAUCAGAAUAGUUGACCUUUUGAUAUUCUAAGACAUAAUUUACUUUGCAUAAGCCUGCGAUCGGUUCUCUUUAUUCAUAUUCAGCCUGAAUUCAAUUUCAAGUACCUGGUUCAGUAAUGCUACAGUUACUUUAUACAUUUGUUUUGUCAUGCAGCAUGCAGCCUUGGUGGUCAUGAUACAACCUGUAUUUGUGUACCACUUUUUUCCUCAUGUUAAAAACCUUUAAUUACAACAUGUAAUUCAAAUCACAGCCAUGAAAAGAUUUUGCAGCCAUAUUGUAAAACCGCCAUGGUGAUCAUACUGCAUUUUCACUAGUUUCAAUCUGGAGUAAACCUAAAGUGAAAUCUGCCAGCUCCAAACCAAGACUCAUGGUGACUUUCAAUUGCUUUCUGCUUCACUCCUCACUCACUGAAGAUCUGCUGUAUUGGACUGCUUUAAGUAAUGAACAACGUGUGGAUGCAAUAACAACUGGACAUGGUUGUAUAUAAUAUGAAUCUUAAAAAUUCAAUACAUCGUGUGUUGUAAUAGACAUACUUAAUUCACUCAUGUGAAGUAAACAUUCUCUGAAUUUUGGGGCCUGCAAUCUUUUGUUGCUUCUGUGUGAACCAUCAUGGUUCCUAACUGCCGUUAUGUUUUGGCCACAACUGUCUCCUAAGUCUUCAAUUAAUACUUGAUUUAAUGGAAACUCUGUGAAGCCCAGCCUCCAAGGGAUUGUAACUUGGGUGAAAAAUUCAUGGGAUAAAGUCACUGACAGCUGUGUUUCCUAUGCCCUGUGAGCAGGCUACGUGGAUGAGAUGUGCACAUUUUAAGAGAGCUCUACUGCUGGACCUGAGAGGCUGGGGCCAAUAUUUCCAUAGAAAUGGAAUUUCAAGACAUUCAGUCCAUAAUGUGGGGUUUGGAGAACUAUAAUAGUGUUCUAGAAAAAGGUGACAAGACUGUAUUUGAACAAAUACGGAUUUUUGUAUAUGAAAAAAAUAAGAUUACCCUGAAAAAUAAGUCCUGGUGCAUCUUUUGGAGCAAAAUUUAAGGCCGCCAGCUUGGUGCUACUAGGAGGUGGUGGAGCCCUCAGGAGUUGGAAUCUAGUGAAAGGUCUCCAGUCACUGGGCAGAACCCCCUGAAGGGGACAGCAGGAUCUCACGCCCUUCUUCUUCUCUUCCCAGCCAUGAGAGACAACAGGCCCAGCUGCAGGCCUGCAUGCCAGUGCAGGCGGCACCAGCAAGAACAGCCUGGGAAACGGUGCGCACUCCUGCAGGCAGGACCUGUGGCAGGGAGCAGUCUGAAGCAAGAGGGAGAAUAUGAAGCAGCCGCUGGUCAUCAGGUGAGCAUUAUGUCCUACCACACAGACAGGAAGAACAGAAGUGGGUGGGAGCAUUUUAUAUCAAAGAGCUCUAGGAGAAAGCAGGAAACAAAAGAUCUGCCCCAGUUCCUAAACCCAGAAGCCAAGGUCAUGCUCAUAGGCUGCCGCACAAGCCCCACGUGACUGGAGUACGCAUUGCUGGAUUCUGACUUGGAAACUGCCAGAGAACUAUGGACACCAGGGCAAUUUUCCUACUUUUAUUUUCCUCUGUCUGGCUGUUUGUUCUCUGGUUGGUUUUGCCUGUUUUGUUUGUGGCUGUGUUACUUUGCCUUUAUUUUGUCUUUUUCUUUUCUUUCAGCUUUCUUUUUUUUUUUUUUUACCAUGUUUUUUUUUUUUUUUUCUAUUCAUCUUAUUUCUCUUUUCCUCAACUAUCUCCUGAUUUGGUAGCUUCACACGAAUGAAUAUUGUUUCUUGUCUUUCUGGUUUACUUCAAUACCCCUUCACUUGCAGUUUCAUUUUCUUGUCUCCUGUGUCCUCCAGUUUCCCAAAA